GUAUCUCCAUGGCUAAUGCUUUUUCCAGACGACGGUGCUUAUGUGCUAUACAACCCAGAAGAAGACAUGGUUUAUAAGACAAAGAGAGACUUCUCAACGAGUCGAUUCCUGGCAAGCUGUGGUAAAUGGUUUUUGAUGCUAGAUUCUCGAUCCAGAUUAUAUAUCAUAGAUGUGUUUAGCAAAGAUAGGAUCGGUCUUCCUCCAUUAGAGUCGGUCGUAUCUAAUUUCAGUGCUCUGAAGCGUGUGGGAGAUAGGGAUAGGGAGUUUAUAUGGGAAUUAACUGAUGGUACCGUCUUCAACGCUUUCUCCGAUGAAAUUAGGGCAAGUCUUUGGGUAGACGAGAAGGCAGAAGAGUUGGCUUUAGUGUGGUUCUUUGACGCUCCUGCUGGUUUUUUAUGCUUUUACAAGAAAGGGAAUGAUCAUUACAAUCUCAUUCCGGUUGGCCAGUUUGGAAUCCCCAAGAUGCUAACAGGCCUACAUGGUCUGGUUCUUCGAGGUUACCGCCUAUAUAUCUUAACGACUCGUAGCUUCGUUCGAGUCAUAGAUUUUUCUAGACAGGAAGGUUUUGAAGAACUCACCGGGAGUGACCCAUCACCAACGUUUUCUCCUCUUGGGUAUAGUUGUAAAUUUAGCAUCGUUGUUACAACUGCAGGAGAGGUUUUGUUGGUCACGAACACAGUCUUUGAAAGAAGCGAAAGGGUCUUCCACGUCUACAAGAAAGAUUCCAAUGCAGACCCAGAAGACUACAUGCCUGAUCUUCUUGAGGUACAUUCUCUUGGUGAUGAGGCCCUGCUUCUCGACUUGGGUAUCACUGUUUCUGCUAAUCCUACCCUUGGUAUCAAACCAAACUCUAUCUAUUUCACCCGUAAUGACCUUAUCCGUUAUGGGACCUCUUGUGACCGUGCCCGUGUCUUGCCCCCUUAUGAGGUGGACAUCUGUGUGUUUAAUCUUACAACCAAGACCCUUGAACCCUUCCCUGCUCCCCCCAACAUGAAUCUCAAGGAUGCUCGGUGGAUUUUGUCUAUGGCUUGAAGGACUUGAUUCCAAAUUUCCAAAUUUUGACCCCAGCAGAGACUCUUACACUCUUCUUCAUGUCAUACUCAUUCAACAUGAUCUCAAGGUUAGCCAAGCAUGGCUUGUGAGUAGGUCUCACUGAAGGACACAAAGAAUAGCAGGAGAAUCGAAACA